AUGGAGGAGGCUGAGCCACAAGAAGAGGAGGAUGAGCUCCCCAUGUACCAAGAGCACUACAAUGCUCUCUUCUCCAUGGACUUUGUGGAGACAAGUACCCACAUGAUGACACAUGAGGAUCUUGGAUCUUUGAGGAUGUGGAGUUGGUGCUCAAGAACAUGCGCUUGGAAGUUCUUCUCUCACCGCAUGGAGUCUUACAAGGAGCUCACUUGUGAGUUUUUGGCGUCGAUGAGGUACACAAGCAGCUUGAGAUCUGUUUGGGUUCACUAUGGAGAAGGAACCUAUGGAACAUCAAGGAAGAAGAACUCCAAAGAGUAUGGGCUACAAUCGCUGAAGAGGGUACUCUUCCUCAAGGUCCAAGGCUGCCAGAUCAGGAGUCCUGUGCUUGAGAUAUGUCCACAAGGCUCUUGCCAACACCUUCUUUGCAAGGAAAGCCACUGGACAAUCAAUGAGGGAGAAGUGAAGCUCCUUGACAUGGGAAUCAAGCCCAUCAUCUCACGCACAAGGAUGGGAAGAAGAUCAGAGGAGAUAGGGCACACGCAGGGAAUCUCAUGCCUCUCCUUGAGCAGCUCUCUCCUACAAGUCACGGCCUACAACACUACACCAAAAGGAAGAAAGCUUAGUGUUGGAGGGAUCAACACCAAUCUUUGUGCAGCUAGGAGUCAAGUGGACAAGAGAAGGUCUACUCCACCAGGUUGGAUGGACAUCAAGUUUUGCAAGACCAACCUCCUCAUUGAGCACAAGGAGUUGGAUGGGAUUCCAAUUCAAGUUCACACAUCCACGGCUGGCCCUUCCAAGCUUCUCCUGCCCAACCCUGAGCUCACCACAGUCUAG